AUGAACAAUUACUAUACAGGUUAACUAAAUAUAAUAUGCACACUUUUAAUAUUAAACUUAAACAUUUUAUACUUAAUGUUUCGUAUUUUCGUGUUAAGAUCGUUGCAAUAAAUUGGAGAAAAGUGCUUUAAAACGAAGGAUAUACUAUGGAGUGUCAGAAUCGUCUGUUAAAUUGAUCAAAAAAGUAAGAAAAAACAAAAUGUAUUCCUAGUUUACUUUCAAAAGAUCGUUUCAAUACCUAAUAGCUGGUUUAAUAAGCUGAUUUCGAAAUUGUUUCAAAUGCAUAUUAUAAUUAAAUAAAAAUCGUAUGAAAAUAAAAACGAUAGGUGCGUUAUCAACUUUGUAUGGAUGCCUUUUUUUCCUUUAGUCCAUUCUCUUAUUCCCUUCCAUAACUCCAAAAAUAUGCAAUGCCUGUCAUUUUAACUGUGUUAAAAACUACAUUAAAUGAAAUGUUUAUUUUAGAAUUCCAAACUAAACGAGUCUUAUUCUGGAAAUGUUCUCAUCAAAAACACAAAAGAAAAAGAUACAAAACAUCCAUUUAUAUGUGCUGGAUCCGCAAACAAAAGUUAUCAUAUAGGGAUUAACAUGCAGACUGCAAUGUCCAUAGUUAAGGUAAGCACUGUUAUAAUAAGUUAA